AUGGAGUCGGCCCACUCACAAGAUGAACACAUUAUUGGGUACGGAAGAUAUGCUGUUGCCAUUACUUGUGUAGGCAAGAAACUGCUUCCGUACUUGAUGGAACGGUUUCCGCGGGCAGGUGGUCGCUUCGUCACCAAGAAACUGACCAGUCUGGAUGAACUUGCUGAUAACUACGAUGUGGUGGUAAACUGUCCGGGUGUCGGGGCAGCGUCUCUGGUUCCUGACCCGAAUGUCACUCCCACUCAAGGGCAGACCAUUAGGGUCCGCGCUCUAUGGAUCAAGAAUGCCAUUAUUGCCGGAUUAUAUGAAAAUUGUCCAACGGUGGAUUGCGUUGUGCUUGGAGGCAGCCUCGUAUUCGGAGAAACCUCGCUGGUCCCUGAUUCAGAAGUUGCGAAAGAUAUUUGGAAAAACUGCCUCCAACUCGUUCCGAGUUUAAAGGAUUCUGAAAUUCUGACAAACCAUGUGGGACUCCGACCGUACAGGAGCCCUCUUCGGCUAGAAAACGAGAAUCGUGUGUAUAAUGUCACGGGCAAAGCUCUCCCGAUAGUUCACCACUACGGUCAUGGUGGUGCCGGAAUUACCGUUUCUUGGGGAGCUUCUGGUGAUGCGGUGAAGCUUCUACAACAUGUCAUUCAAAGCAGCAACUUGGCAAGAAGAAGAUCGAAACUGUAA